AUGUCUACUGAUACAACCGAGAUACAGCCAUCCUCGUCCUCUCUUCUGCCUCGCCUGUCGAGAUCUUCGAGCAAAGCAGAAGCAACUACGGAAGCAUCGUCAUCUACAGCCAUAGCCCAAGCUCCUCCCGCCAUACCCAAGGCAAAGCUUUCCGCUGUUAACCGGUUCCUGAGAUUAGCUCGCAAUGGUAGGGAGGAGAAAGUCAUUUUCCCUCCUCCUUCGUGGUUUGCGAACGACGAUGUCGUGCCUACUACCGGAUCGGUGACGAUUAAUGAGCCUCAGGAUCUUCCCGCCCCGGGUGCAGGCGUGCCUAACACCCCACCUGAUAACGGAACCAUCACACCAGGAAACGAGUCUGAUCCCGAAACUCUUGAACCCGAGACGCUUGCCCGUAGGAUUCAGGCGAUGAUCGGUUUACUGCCAGCCGCGGCCUCAUCUUUCUCUCUUACACCUCGAUCACCACCUACAGUGACUAACCCUGCUGAACCUGACACACCCCAGCCCACCGCUCCGUCUGUAGCCUCAUCUUCUGAACCUUCGUUACCAUUUACCGUCGAGGCUAGUGAGCAGGGCACUUUUACCCCAGCUACCUCAGUUGCACCAUCAGCAGAAGAUUCGCGGUUCAUUGCAUUCCUCUCUUCUGCGAGUGUGAUGAACGGAUCGCUGGAGAGAGGCCGUCAAUCUGUCUGGGAAGUACUUGAACGUCUUCGGCAACCGUCGAAAAAGGUAGCAGCCCCACCCACCAAGACAGAUGGGUCACCUGCUCCGCCUCUCGAAAGCGGGCUUGAAGACAUCGAUGACAACUCCUCGGUCAUGUUUACGGCGCCGCUUGAGCCAGACGCAAGCUCUGAAGUCGAAGUCGCGCAGUCUGAGAUUGUCUCUAUUGAUAAGAACGGCGAAAAGUCACGCAGGCCGGAGAACUUUGCGUACGCUAUGUACCUGAAGAAGCUCAAAGGCGAAGCGCUUGCGCGAGCUCGAUCACGGAAGGGCAAAGAAACGCCCAGUUCAUCCACCAUUGGGCCGGGAUCCAAGCCUAGAUCAAUACCAUCAUCGCCUUUAGCUAGGUCAAGGUCAGAUGCGUCAUCAGGGCAUUCCAAUUCCAGGACAGAAAGGUCCUCAACGCCAUCUAGGUCUCGUACGGUGAGGCCAGCCCACUCCAGAUCUCGCACGGAAAUUGUUCCCCAGAAGGCGCCGUCGGCGGAUGCUACAAAUGAGAAAACAAAUGCUCCACAUACAUCUUUACCACAGCCUAAGCCUAGUGAGUAUCGUGUGUGGAUACCUUCGACGACCAGGGUGUCAUUGGAGGCGACAUGGUGGGGCUUCAGAAUCUACCUCCCCCCUCCGGUACUCGACAUUCUCAAUAAUAAACAGUUAGAGGCGGCGAAACGAGCGGCGCUCAUUACUUCUGCCCUCCAGUGGCUCAUUGACCACAUCCCAAUGGCGAUCAUCCCACCCCAGUUCCACCCUGCGGUGUCCAUUUUGCGGCGCCUUGCGCCCUACCUUGGCUACUUGGGUGGCUUUGUCGCUUGGAGCUGGUCCAAGAUUAAGGCCUUUGACAAAGGUUUUGGUGUGGUCCUUACGGCGACGUGGCUUCUUCCUAUCGCACUGGUCCCGGGGACAUGGGAAGCAAAUGAGGUGCCCCCAGAGUCAUCUGCAGCGUGA